AUGAACAUGAGAUCCACCACCAUACUUAUGUCUCUUGUCCUGCUCUCUUGCGUCUCUGCUUAUCGCCCUGUAUACUUCGGCUCACAGGAGUCAUCCCCCUUCCUUCCACCACAAAUUCCGUUGGGAGAUGCUCCCACCCUCUCCGGAUCACAUGAAUUCAGCCUUCGCCACAUCGUUCAGCGAGGGGCUUACGAGCACCCCGACCUUCACAGACGGCUCGACAUCAAACCGGAUACUCAACUCCAAGCCGUAUCGGAAGAUGGGACAGAAGGUUCUGAGCCGGCUGAUUUUAACAUACCACUCGUUGCCUCCUCCGAGCCCGUUACCAUUGAACGACUGGCAGAUCGACGCCUAUCCGCAAUUGAGGGGCACCUAACGGCCGCAAGGAACACUGGAUCGGCUGUUACUCUGUCAUCAUCAGACUGGUCCAUGGACACUGUGGCAGGGCCUGAUGUUACAGAUAAAAAUACUGUUUUGACCUUGGCGAAGAUGACGGCGAACGACUAUAUUGAAGUACCCGGAUCCGAGGACUGGCAGGAUGUCAAUGGCAAACUUAACUACUCGACUAGUUUUGGUUGGCAAAACGAUGGACUCCGUGGCCACAUAUAUGCGGAUAAUACGAACAGUACUAUUGUUAUCUCGCUCAAGGGAACCUCUCCCGCUCUUUUUGACGGUGCAGGGACGACCACCAACGACAAGGUGAAUGACAAUCUCUUCUUCAGCUGCUGCUGCGGCCAAGGUGGAUCCUACCUAUGGCGACAGGUCUGUGAUUGUCAACAGUCUGCGUACAAUGCAAAUUUGACUUGCAUCGUUGAAGCUAUGAGCGACGAGAACCGUUACUACCGCGCCUCAAUCGACUUGUAUUCUAAUGUCACCGAGUUAUACCCGAACGCAAAUGUGUGGCUGACGGGCCAUUCACUGGGGGGUGCUAUGUCUAGCUUGCUCGGUUUGACCUUUGGACUGCCUGUUGUCACCUUUGAAGCUAUCCCUGAGGCGCUUCCCGCUGCCCGAUUAGGCUUGCCAAGCCCACCAGGGAAGGACCCAAAAUUACCCCAAACGAGGGAAAACACAGGGGUAUAUCACUUCGGACACACUGCGGAUCCCGUUUAUAUGGGAACCUGUAACGGCGUCAGCUCUAUAUGUACGUGGGGUGGCUAUGCAAUGGAGUCCGCAUGCCACACUGGCCGGCUAUGUACUUACGACACAGUCGAAGACAAGGGAUGGCGCGUUGCAAUUGGCACACAUCGCAUCAAAGCUGUUAUCUCCGAUGUUCUUGAGGUAUAUGAUGACGUGCCGCAUUGUGUGCCAGAGGAGGAGUGUUAUGACUGUCAUUUGUGGAAAUUCUUCCGCAGUAACGGCUCCGAAAGCACAACGACAAGCUCGCCUCCUACUUCAACAACAUCGACCACAUUGACCCGGACAACGACUUGUAAAACGCCUGGGUGGUGGGGUUGCCUUGAUGAGAGUACAACCACUAGUCCUCCAACAACUACCACUACGAUCACAUCUACCUGCAAAACCCCGGGCUGGUUUGGGUGCAAGGAUCCUACGUCAACCACAACAACUACAACUGAAGCGCCUACCACAACAACCACAACGACCUGUAAAACCCCAGGCUGGUUUGGGUGCAAUGAUCCUACCUCGGCCACCACAACAACAACAACCUGCAAGGAUCCAGGAUGGUUUGGCUGUCGCGACCCCACAUCACCGACCACCCCGCCUCCCUCCGCAUCCUCAACUUCCAUAUGUGAAACCCCGGGAUUUUUCUGGGGUUGUUAUGACACCGCAGCUGCAGUUCAUGACACCGCAGCUGCGGCCAACCACCACCUCAUCACACCAGCACCAGCAUUUCCAGUUUGA